UGCACGAGGGAGCCCCCCUUCUACAUCAUCACGGAGUUCAUGACCUACGGGAAUCUGCUGGAUUUCUUGCGGGAUUGCAACCGGCAAGAGGUGAAUGCGGUGGUCCUCCUCUACAUGGCCACGCAGAUUUCCUCGGCCAUGGAAUACCUGGAGAAGAAGAAUUUCAUCCACCGGGACCUUGCUGCCCGAAACUGCCUGGUAGGAGAGAACCACCUGGUGAAGGUAGCUGAUUUUGGCUUAAGCAGAUUGAUGACUGGUGAUACUUACACCGCCCACGCUGGAGCCAAGUUCCCUAUCAAGUGGACUGCGCCGGAAAGCCUCGCUUAUAACAAGUUCUCCAUCAAAUCGGAUGUCUGGGCUUUUGGGGUCUUGCUUUGGGAAAUUGCCACCUACGGCAUGUCCCCCUACCCUGGGAUUGACCUGUCGCAGGUGUACGAGCUUUUGGAGAAGGACUAUCGCAUGGAACGGCCAGAGGGCUGCCCGGAAAAGGUCUACGAGCUCAUGAGAGAAUGCUGGCAGUGGAUCGCUUCAGAGAGGCCGUCCUUUGCCGAAAUCCACCAAGCCUUUGAGACGAUGUUUCAGGAAUCCAGCAUUUCAGAUGAAGUGGAAAAGGAACUGGGGAAGAAAAUGGUGAAAAGCACGGCCAACCCAUUUUUGCAAGCUCCAGAGCUGCCCACAAAAACCAGGUCGUCUCGAAAAAUGGCGGAAUGGAAGGAAGUCGAGAGCUCAGAGGUGAUGCCUGCCAAAAUCCCAGCAGAACCUGAAUCUACGCAGCACGAACCGGCUGUGUCCCCUGUACUGCCACGGAAGGAAAGGACUGCAGCCGAGGGGAGCUUAAACGAAGACGACCGUUUGAUCCCCAAAGACAAAAAGACCAAUCUUUUUAGUGCUCUGAUCAAGAAGAAAAAGAAAACGGCGCCCACCCCUCCGAAGCGGAGUAGUUCGUUCCGGGAAGCGGAGGGCCACCUGGAGCAUAAAGGAGGAGGAGGGGAGGACGAAACCAAAGAGAGCAACAAUGGGGGUUUGCUCACACAUCCUGCUGAUUUAGAGGACCGUUCCAGGUUCCCCAACCCCAGCAACGAGGCCGCCGGAGUCGCCAACGGGACUGGGACCUCCGGUUUGUUGACGCCGAACGUUUGGAAAAAAUCAGGGUCCUCAGCCAGUAAUCGCCCGGGUCCCAAUGAAGAGGACGGCGGUUCGAUCUCCAGCAAGCGUUUCCUGCGUUCUUGCUCGGCCUCUUGCGUUCCCCACGGGGCCAGGGACACCGAGUGGAAGUCGGUCACCCUCCCUCGGAACCCGCAGUCUAUGGGGCACCAGUUUGACUCGUCCACCUUCGGGGGCCACAAGAGCGAAAAGCCCGCCCUGCCUCGGAAGCGAGCCAGUGAGGUAAAGGCUGAUCUGGUCAGCAGGGGGAUGGUCACCUCAGGUCCUCGGCUGCUGAAGAAGAACGAGGAGAUGCUGGAAGAGACUUCCAAAGAGACCGAGUGUACCGCGGGGUCCAGCCCGCCCACCCUCACCCCUAAACUCACCCAGAGGCAGUCUUUGCUUCCUUCUGCUUGUGGGGCUCCAUUGGUGGAGCAGGCCCCAGGAGGCAAAGCCAGCUUGGGCAUCUUUGCUGGCAAAGUCCUGGGCGAGGAGUCCCGUCUACGAAAGAUGAAGCCAGCUCUAGAGAAGGACAAAGGGAAGCUCUCGAAGCUCAAACCUGCCCCGCCGCCUCCAGUCUUGAACUUAGCCAAAAAUAGCAAGGGGGGUCUCGGGCCCAGCCAUGAAGGACCAGAAGGGCCCCUGGUCAAGAGCAAGCAGGCAGCAAUGGCUGCGGAGCCCGUAAAUACUGAGACUCUCAAAUCCAUUGAGGGAAGCAAAAAGCCACUGAUGACCUCCGUACCAAAGUCUCCCUCGUCCGCCAAAUUGCUCUUCAGCUCCCCUUCUCCGUCGCCCCCCACCGUCUCGUCAGCUCUGGCGGCAGACCAACCUCUAUCCACGGCCUUCAUCCCCCUCAUUUCCACCCGGGUGUCCCUGAGGAAGACCCGCCAACCUCCCGAGAAGAUAGCGAGCGGCACCGUCACGAAAGGGACCGUCCUGGAGAGCUCUGAUACCCUGCGGACCGCCAUCAACAAGAACUCGGAGCAGAUGGUCAGCCACAGCGCCGUCCUGGAAGCGGGCAAGAACCUGUACACCUUCUGCGUCAGCUACGUGGACUCGAUCCAGCAGAUGCGGAAUAAGUUUGCUUUCCGAGAGGCCAUCAAUAAACUGGAGAACAGCCUCCGAGAGCUUCAAAUCUGCCCUGCCACGGUUGGUGGAGGUCCAGCCGCCACCCCAGAUUUUAGCAAGUUGCUCGGCUCAGUCAAAGAAAUCAGCGACAUUGUCCAGAGGUAGCAGAAGAGGGGAGAUAAUCGGUGACCCACGUUAGAUGGCGCCGACCCAAUAUAUUUUUGGUUUCUGGGACAGAACAAUGGACCUCACACUUCAGAGAGACAACACACAGACUUAGCCAUGUGGACUGUAUCUUAGUUGUCCUCUGGGGCUAUCCAAGACUCUCAACUUUGAGCCUUCCAGGUGUUGCGUUGCUUGGAUUGCUCUCACCCCUCAGGAUACGCUCGUCCAUCACUCCUCACAACCAUCUUGUGAAACAAGAACCUCUCCCCCUACACCUACCUGCCCCCUGCCCCCCAAAUCCAUCUUCCUCAUCUGGAAUUUCCCUCGGUUUGCUUCUUAACUCGGGGACAUCCAAAUCUUGUGAAGCUUAAACUCACCUUAACGUUGCAUCAUUUGGGAUGUUCCAAUUAAGGCUUUGCUUGCUUUCAGUGUGAGCUUGGUGUUAAAAGGGUCGCUUGUCUAGACCAAAUUGAUUGCAGGGAUCUCUCUCGGUGGCUUCCCUUAGCCCUCUUUGCACAUUGUCAGGUUCGCGAAAGACCAGGUUCGCGCGGGAAGGUUCAGUUGAGCUACUCUAUUGCUAAAAGCCUGUGUGCAGGAAUCUUCUCAAUACUUGCUAGGAGUUAGAUAAGGGUCAAAGGAAUUCAAGGGAGGUUGGACUGAGUACAUGGGGAUUCUAGGCUGAU